AUGGACCUCAUUCCCGAAGGCAGCAAGGUCGCCGCCCCUGGCACUUCGCGCAAAGCUCUGAUCGCCGAUGACGAUGAGGCGUGGACCGCUCCUUCCAGCCCCGCUUUCGUCCAGCUCAAGUUUCCCUCUCCCGUUGAUCCAACACGGAUUGCCCUCACUUUCCAGGGUGGAUUUGUGCCCACCUCUGUUGCUGUGACAGCGACGACGGAAGCUGGAGAAGUUACGGGCACUGUCUACCCGGAAGACAAGAAUGCGCGCCAGAUCCUGGAGUAA